AUGUACUGUACGACUACAAGCUGUACCAUUGCGCAACUGUUUGGAGACAGCCAGAAUGCACUCGCGCCGGUAGGCGGUAGGCGAAAUGUGCUCCGCCAAGGUGAUGGAGCCGCUAGCCACGAUCACACCCACAUCGAGACGAUCGAUGUCAAAUGUGAUCAACGCAACGGUAUGCUCGUGACGGUACAGUUCGAGGAUGACUUCCGGGGUGUUAUCUAUAGCCAGGGCUACCACAACGAUCCUAAGUGCCGGUACGUGCAGGCAAACCAGGGUGGCAAACAGUUCACCUUCACCGUACCGUACGACAGGUGCGGUAGCAAGCCAUCCUGUGCCGUGUGUGCCUCAGUCGACAAUGUGCUCGUCAUACAGACGGACGAGGAAGUGCAGGAGGCCUGGGAUACGGCCCGACGCAUCUCCUGCAGCCAGAGCGAGCAACAGCAGAACACGAUCAUCUUCAAACCGUUCGUCGUCGAUCAGCUAGAAGUGGUCAAUGUACCUACAUCGACUGGCGGUGUCGAGUGUUGGAUGGACAUCCAGCGAGGUACCUACCCGAGCAUUUCGCCCAUCCCGAGCAUUAUUAAGAUCGGGGAGGCGCUCAGUGUACUGGUGUACCUGCGUGAUCCAAAGGGCGAAUACGACGUGUCGGUAAAGGACUGCUACGCAUUCGAUAGUCCAGAUUAUGAUGCGGCCACCACCGCACGCCUGCAGCUAUCUGACAAGAAUGGGUGCUCGCGCAAGAAGAAGCUGUUUGGGUUGUGGCAAAAGACGACGCAGACUGGCAGCUCGGGAGCUACACUGGUUGUGCACAACAGCAUCAAGGCGUUCAAGUUCCCCGAUCGCAUGCAGGUGUUCCUCAAGUGUGAUAUCGAAAUCUGCCGCGGUGGUUGUGGACCGCAGGUAUGUGCCGAAGAGAAUCUUAUCAACACCGUCGAAACGACCACCAGACCCCCAGUUUGCUAUCCUGGAUCUACUGAUCCAAGGUGCCCUCAAACUACUACACGCCCAGCUCCCACAACAACUCCUGCUCCACGUUGUUAUCCAGGAUCCAAUGAUCCUCGAUGCCCUACCACGCCAACAACAACCACUCCAGCCCCAGUUUGCUAUCCUGGAUCUACUGAUCCAAGGUGCCCUCAAACUACUACACGCCCAACUCCCACAACAACUCCUGCUCCUCGUUGUUACCCUGGAUCAAGCGAUCCUCGAUGUCCAACCACUCCAAGACCACCACCAACUACACAACCACCGCUUCGCUGCUAUCCGGGAUCGACAGAUCUUCGUUGCCCGCAAACCACUCCACGGCCUGUGCCAACAACUACACCAGCUCCGGUUUGCUAUCCUGGGUCCACAGAUCCACGUUGUCCGAAACCAACACCUACGACCCAACCUCCUCUGCGAUGCUAUCCUGGUUCAACGGAUCUUCGUUGCCCUCAAACUACUCCCCGUCCAGUGCCAACGACCACACCUGCUCCACGUUGUUAUCCAGGAUCGAAUGAUCCGCGAUGUCCGACGACUCCACUGCCUACGACAACUGCAGCUCCUCGUUGUUAUCCGGGAUCAAAUGAUCCUCGAUGCCCGACCACCCCUCGACCACCACCAUCUACACAGCCACCACUUCGUUGUUAUCCGGGUUCUACCGAUCCUCGCUGUCCGCAAACAACUCUUCGUCCUAGUCCAAAGUGUUAUCCAGGUUCGCUUGACCCUCAGUGUUCUGACAAGCAGGAUUCGGAAACAUAUCUGCCUCCAGUGGAAGUACCAAAGCCAACAACAACUCAACGUCCGGCUUGCUAUCCUGGAUCCAAUGAUCCUCGAUGCCCUACCACACCAAGACCACCACCAACUACACAACCACCGCUACGCUGCUAUCCAGGAUCGACCGAUCUUCGUUGCCCGCAAACUACUCCACGACCGGUUCCAACAACCACUCCAGCCCCUGUUUGCUAUCCUGGAUCUACUGAUCCAAGGUGCCCUCAAACUACUACACGCCCAGCUCCCACAACAACUCCUGCUCCUCGUUGUUACCCUGGAUCAAGCGAUCCUCGAUGUCCAACCACUCCAAGACCACCACCAACUACACAACCACCGCUACGCUGCUAUCCGGGAUCGACCGAUCUUCGUUGCCCGCAAACAACUCCACGGCCUGUGCCAACAACUACACCAGCUCCGGUUUGCUAUCCUGGGUCCACAGAUCCACGUUGUCCGAAACCAACACCUACGACCCAACCUCCUCUGCGAUGCUAUCCCGGUUCAACGGAUCUUCGUUGCCCACAAACUACCCCCCGUCCAGUGCCAACGACCACAUCUGCUCCACGUUGUUAUCCAGGAUCGAAUGAUCCGCGAUGUCCGACGACUCCACGCCCAACUCCCACCACUCAGCCCCCACUUCGCUGUUACCCAGGAUCGACAGAUCUUCGUUGUCCACAAACUACACCUCGUCCAGCUCCCACAACAACUCCUGGUCUACGUUGUUAUCCAGGUUCGAGCGAUCCUCGAUGCCCGACCACCCCUCGCCCGCCACCAUCUACACAGCCACCACUUCGUUGUUAUCCGGGUUCAAAUGAUCCAAGAUGUCCUCAAACUACUCCACGACCAGUACCAUCAACUACUCCUGCACUUCGAUGUUUCCCAGGAUCGACCGAUCCGCGCUGUCCAACGACACCGAGACCUACAUUGCCACCAACUCAACCACCACUCCGUUGCUACCCAGGAUCGAAUGAUCCACGCUGUCCACAAACCACUCCCCGACCCGUACCAACGACACGUCAACCGUGCUAUCCCGGUUCCCUGGAUCCCGCUUGUCCGCGUCCAUUUGUCACAACCACUCCGUCUUCGUGCUACCCAGGCUCACCCGAUCCCAACUGCCCGCAGCCUUAUCGACCAAGCAGCACUAAUCCUCCUGCUACUUAUCUGCCACCAUUCCCUGCUGAAUCUGGAGCCCGCUCGGUACGACAUCUUAGCCCAGAAACAUUGAGCGAUAUUAACGCAUUGGCCGAUUCAACGGACUCUGCUGCGGCUUCGGUCGGUUCGGCACCGGCAGACACAGAAGGUGUACCGGAUUCAUCGUCACUGGCCAGUACAGCACGUGCAAAGCGUGACACCAACCUGGUUAACGAUUUGGACGGAGAACCGGCAAAGGAAAUCAUCUCCAUUACGCUAAACAUUAAGGGCUAUCAGUUUGAGCCAGAUUCGUAA